AUGACGACCGCCGCAGCACACCCGACUCCAGCUCACCAGCUCCCUGGAGCAUCUGUCCCCACAGCCUCCACCUCGACGCAUGAAGAUGUCAACUUUCAGGGGCUACAAAUCCCUCGUGGCUCCGUUAAUGCGAAGCUGUCAUUCUACAAGGCUCCGGAAGACGGGUCGUCACCUCACAACUAUGUCGAGCCUCUGCCUGGUGUUCCACAGCGAAACUGGGGCGAUGGCUGGGAAGAAGUAACAUUGAGCGAUUUGCGCGGCCAGGAGCAAAAGUUCAAUCUUGAUCAUAACGCAUUCGAUACAUACCAAAACGUCAAGAGCGCAGAAACAGAGUUUAAGGAUGAUGAGCGCAUCCGUGGCGUAUACUACCCAGAGGUCGAGAAGCUCCUGCAAGACAACAUCCCUGGCGCACAUAGGGUGAUUCUCUUCGAUCAUACAAUCCGACGGCCGACUGGUAACCGCAAUCCUGUACAACGCGUUCACGUCGACCAAACGCCUAUGUCUGCAGCUGAGAGGGUGAGGCUCCAUGCGCCUGAAGAUGCAGAGCAGCUUCUCCAGGGUCGUUACCGCAUCAUCAACAUCUGGCGUCCGCUCAAUGGACCAGUGAUGGGCUUCUCACUAGCUGUGGCUGACAGCCAGACUGUGGAGGAUGAAGAUCUCGUGCCAAUUGAACAUCGAUAUCCACAUCGUACCGGCCAAACAGCGUCUGUACGAUACAACCCGGGCCAGAAGUGGUAUUACUGGUCCGGAAUGAAGAAUGAGGACCGUCUAUUACUCAAAUGCUUUGACAGCGACGAAACAUUUGGUCAGUACGGAAGGGUCCCGCAUACCGCCUUUUUAGAUCCACGGACACCCGAAGGAGCCGUUGGGCGAGAAAGUAUUGAAGUUAGAGCUUUGGUUUUUGGUUAG